CAGUCCCGGCUGCGGACUCCGCUCAUUGUGUCCGGACUGACAUGUGGAGGCCGCGUUCUCUCGCUGCCGGCAGGGGCUCCUCCGAGGGCAGCCCAGGGGCGACCAGGCCUAGUGGCCACGCCGCAGGGCGACAGCGGGCGCGGUCGUGGGGCGGCCGGGCCUGGGGAGAAGGGUGGAGGGAAGGCUAGGAGGGCCGGGUCCUGCUGCCUUCUGAAGGACGCUGGUCUGAUUUCCCAAACUUCCCGAAAUGUGUGUCCAAGGUUCGAUUCCAAGCAGAGAGGGGAGGACAGCCGGUGUGGGCAUCUCGGGUUUGGGGCGCAGGCCUGUGAGUGCACGUGGAGGAGGAGGGGGUCGGCGCCUCCCGGUGUCUUGGAGCAGAUCCGAGAACCCGGUUCACGCUCAGGGGUGGCUCCAAGUCCUGAGUGGGGAUCUCGCCGGGGCGGGGGCACCGGCCGUGCAGCCUGCGGCCGCUCAGACUUCUCACCUCCUCGCCCCGACACACAAGUGCGCGCUCCUGGCACACCUCUGACUCCAGGUCACCCACCCUGGGCCCAGGGAACGAGAAGCCUGAGGCCAGAGAAGGGGCUUGCCUGAAAGACUCGGACAGUGAAGAUCCUCCUUGUUAGCCCCCUCCCUCCCUCUUCCUCCCCUCGCCGCCUUAGGCAGCGGUUCCAGGAGGAGACACAGUUCUCUUGAGACCUCACAGAGGCCAAGAGUGGGUAGAAAGCGUGAAAAUUGGGGCUGGAAAGGGAGGACGUGGAGAAUCUAACAGGAAAAAGCAGUCGUGUGGUGAGUUGUCACUCUCCAGUGAAGGCAAGCAGAAGUCCCUCGGCAGCUGGAGAAAGAACUGGGAGCAAAAAGGACCAAAGAAUUGCCUGCUAGGGGUACAGGAAACUUCGAGUGUGAAUGCCGGCAGUGGCUCAGGACUGCUGCCUGAUCUUCUGACCCAGUCCUCUCUCGCAGGUGUGUGGACGCUGCCGGCCUGAGGCAUCCUGCAGGUGCUGAGCCCCACACCUCCCUGGCUGCCGGUCCUUCGCCUGUCUGUAAGAGGCGCCUCAGUAGAGAAUGGCCGUCAGCCACCUGCCAACCACAGUGCAGGAAUCCGUGACCUUCAAGGAUGUGGCUGUGCUCUUCACCCGUGAGGAGUGGGGGCACCUGAGCCCCGCCCAGAGGACCCUCUACCGGGAUGUGAUGCUGGAGAACUACAGCCACUUGGUCUCACUGGGACUCUUAGGACCCAAACCAGACAUGUUUUCUCAGAUGGGAAAAGGAGAAGAAUGGAUGCCAGAGGAUGCCUUGGGAGGCUUCUGUCUUGACUGGAUGGCUGUGCCUGUGAGUAGGAAAUCUUUCAAGGCAGGUAUCCCUGAAGAACUGGAUCAAUGGACACUGAAGGAGAGAUUCAGUAGAGGCAGUGACUGGAAAUGUGCUGUCCUGCUGGAAUGCCAGUGUGGGGACCAGGACACCAGUUUACAACAAGUGUCUCCUACUCUCCAGAGCACCCCAUCUGGGCUGAGUAGUCAGAAGUGUGGUGCAUCUGGGAAGGGCUGCACCGUGAGCUCCUCUCUCAUACAAAGUCAGGGGUUUCAGCCUCACGAAAAAGCCUUUGAGUGUAGUGAGUGUGGAAAAGUCUUCUCUAAGAGUUCAACUCUUGAAAAACAUCAGAAAAUUCAUACUGAACAAAAUACAAGUCAGAAAACUCAUAUUAAAGAGAAACGAUAUGAGUGUCGAGAAUGUGGGAAAGCCUUUCACCAGAGUACACACCUCAUUCAUCACCAAAGAAUUCACACUGGUGAGAAACCCUAUGAAUGUAAGGAAUGUGGGAAGGCCUUUUCGGUGAGCUCCUCACUCACGUACCACCAGAAGAUUCAUACUGGAGAGAAACCUUUCGAAUGCAACUUAUGUGGAAAAGCUUUUAUCCGAAACAUACACCUUGCACAUCAUCAUAGAAUACAUACUGGAGAAAAACCUUUCAAAUGUAAUAUAUGUGAAAAAGCCUUCGUGUGCAGGGCACAUCUUACCAAACAUCAGAAUAUUCAUAGUGGAGAGAAACCCUAUAAAUGUAAUGAAUGUGGGAAAGCCUUUAAUCAGAGUACCAGUUUUCUGCAGCAUCAGAGAAUUCACACUGGAGAGAAACCCUUUGAAUGUAAUGAAUGUGGAAAGGCCUUCAGGGUGAACUCUUCCCUUACUGAACAUCAGAGAAUUCAUACUGGAGAGAAGCCUUACAAAUGUAAUGAAUGUGGGAAAGCCUUCAGGGAUAAUUCCUCCUUUGCACGACAUCGGAAAAUUCACACUGGAGAGAAACCUUACAGAUGUGGGUUGUGUGAGAAAGCCUUCAGGGACCAAUCAGCCCUUGCCCAGCAUCAGAGAAUUCAUACCGGGGAAAAACCUUAUAUAUGUAAUAUAUGUGAAAAAGCCUUCAGCGACCAUUCAGCCCUUACCCAACAUAAGAGAAUUCAUACUAGAGAAAAACCUUACAAUUGUAAGAUCUGUGGGAAAGCCUUUAUCCGAAGCACACACCUCACUCAACACCAGAGGAUUCACACAGGAGAGAAACCCUAUAAAUGUAAUAAAUGUGGGAAGGCUUUUAACCAGACCGCAAACCUCAUUCAGCAUCAGAGACAUCAUAUUGGAGAGAAGUAAUACAAACACAGUUUGGCAGAGCUUCGAGACUGAACAUAAGAGAAUCCAGGUUAGAGAAUGACUGAAAGCUUACACCAAGAUAGUCACUUUAUUUGAUAAGAGUCACAUUUCACAGUAUUGUGAGUUUGAAAAUUUAAGAAUGGCAAACACUCAGUCUUUAGUGCUUCCUCCAGUGAAUAGCAGUUAAGAGAAACUAUAAAAUUGUAAAAAUUAAGGUUGAAUCGUAUGCAGAAGAACAAAAAACUAAAAAGGUCAACAAGCAUUCCACUGUCCUGGAUUCUCACAUAAGAGGGUUGCCGCCUUUCAUGGAAACCACAGUUCUCACCCACCUCCUGAUACGCACUGUAAAAAGAAAUGCAGCCACUAUGCAGCAGCCAGGAGUUACCUACUGGGCUUCUCACCUUCUACUUCAAACCAGCUUUUGUCAGAUCUCUGACCUGUGUGUCCCCUACAUACUACCUAUAUUGUCCUGGGACACUCUUCUGACUCAGCAACUCCUUACUGUUCACACUGGGUCACUUGUGCCGCAUUUGCCCUGGAGAGUGUGAUGACCUUAUCUUAGCAUCAACCACCAUUCUGGACAGUGUACCCAAACCUAGCUUUCAGGACUUAGGAUUUCUGUCUGGGAGACAAAAUUGAAUGACAAUUUUCAAGUUACUCAGUUCCUUUAGGCCUCAGCUUGAGUCUAACCCUGGGAUGGCCCCUACCCUGCUGUGGUCUUGCACUGUAAUUGGUUCCUCAGUGCACGUCUGUCAGGCUUAUCCUGUUGUGUGAGGAUCCCACCUGCCUGGUGGGAAUUCCAGGACACUUACACCUCUGACUUUUCCUUCUGUGCAGUUGACAUGAGGUGAGAUCCCCAAGGCCAGCUCUCAAAAUGCUUGACCUACUGUUUCCCAUUGGCUGUAUGGUGCUGCGCUGUGUCCCCUAUAUGCGAGUUUAUAUAGUGUGCUUGCUACUCCCAGAACACAGCUACUCCUGCCUGGUCCUUCCCCACUUUAGUCUGGAUUUCUUAAGGUAUUGAUGCUGUGUGCACAGGAGAGCAGUGAGCUUUGGAUUUCUGCUUCUGCAUUUGAAAGUGGUCAUUUCCUCCAUCUGGGUAUGCUACUACUUACAAGGCUGCUGUUCUGACAGUGGUAAACAACAUGUUGAGCAAUUCCAUGGGUCAAGAAGUGGUUGGUGGGCCGGGCAUGGUAGCUCACACCUGUAAUCUAGCACUCUGGGAGGCCAGGGGUAGUGGAUCACUGAGCUCCAGAGUUCAAGACCACCCUGAGCAAAAUAGACCCUAUCUCUACUAAAAAUAGAAAAAUUAGCCCCAUGUUGUGCCAGAUACCUGUAGUCUCAGCUACUCAAGAGCCUGAGGAAAGAGGAUUGCUUGAGCCCAGGAGUCUGAGGUUCCUGUGAGCUACAAUGAUGCCACAGCACUCAACUGAGGGCAACAGAGUUAGGGGACAGAAACUAGAUUUAGGUCACUUUGGCUUCAAAGCUGCUGGAAGCUUCUAACCUAGAGUCCAUUGAGUUUAAAGCCCAAGUGACCCAAAUCUAGCUUUCAUCUUUACUAGAUGCCACCAGCAUCUCCUGUUAGGUAUUAGUAACUCAUAGUUAUCCCUUAUCUCUAAAUUAAGAAAAAAAAAAGUGGUCAGUGGCACCAUUGACAUCUGGCACAGACUGGCCCCUGCCUAAAAGUGUGAGUGAUACGCAGGUCCUCAGUGCAGUGUGCUCCCCAUCUCUAAUCUGCUGUGCCUCAGUGGACACCACAGAAAUAAAAGCAUCCAUGGGCCUGGG